ACAAGCUUUACAGUGCGCGCGUUGGAAACUAAUAUUCGACUAUUUUGCCUUCACGUCAGUCACAAAUUAGACCUGCAGGCGCGGAGGGGCGAGGCGGAGGACAUCUCGGACAAACUGUAAACUUAGUCAAAAGCGACUUAAGUCCCCAAACUCACAGGCUGAACAGGCUUCAAGCGCAAACGAGUCAUCCUUUCUGGCUGUUUCAAGGAAGGAUACGCUGCUGGACAUGUGAAUUUAAAAGGAGAUACUUGCCAAGCACAACAAUGAAACCAACGACUGCCCCGUGUUGCUUCGGCUUUCUCCUGACUUGCCUCUUGUUCGGGUCGAGCUCUUCGCAAUCAGUAUGUGCUGGUACAGAGAACAAGCUGAGCACACUGUCGGACCUGGAGCAGCAGUACCGCACCCUGAGAAAGUACUACGAGAACUGCGAAGUCGUAAUGGGCAACCUUGAGAUCACAAGCAUCGACCGCAGUCGGGACCUCACCUUCCUAAGAUCUAUCCGAGAAGUGACAGGCUAUGUGUUGGUGGCCCUGAACCAGUUUGACUACCUGCCUUUGGAGAACUUGAGGAUCAUUCGAGGAACCAAGCUGUAUGAGGACCGCUACUCCCUCGCAAUCUUUCUCAAUUACAGACGUGAUGGAAACUUCGGCCUACGCCAGUUGGGUCUGAAGAACCUCACAGAAUCCUUGAGUGGAGGCGUGUAUGUUGCAAACAGUUUCCUGUGUCAUGCAGACACGAUCCAUUGGCAGGACAUUGUCAAAAAACGGAUGCACCCUGUGUGGGUGCCACCACACAGUGUCACAUGUCAGAAGUGCCAUCGUUCCUGUAAUGGCCGUUGCUGGGGACCAAAAGAAGACCAAUGUCAAAGCUUAACUAAGACCGUGUGUGCCGAGCAGUGUGACGGUCGUUGCUUUGGUCCCUAUGUUAGUGACUGCUGCCAUCGUGAGUGUGCAGGUGGCUGCUAUGGACCAAAGGACACAGACUGCUUUGCCUGCACUAACUUCAAUGACAGUGGGGCAUGUGUGACCCAGUGCCCCCAGCCAUUUGUUUACAACCCCACCACUUUCCAACUGGAACACAAUCCCAGGGCAAAGUACACCUAUGGAGCCUUCUGUGUCAAGAAGUGUCCACAUAACUUUGUGGUGGACCAUAGUUCCUGUGUGAGAGCAUGCCCCAGUAACAAGAUGGAGGUGGAGGAAAACCGCAUUAAGAUGUGCAUUCCUUGUACUGACAUCUGCCCAAAAGCCUGUGAUGGAAUUGGUACAGCUAGCCUACAGUCAGCUCAGACAGUGGACUCAAGCAACAUUGACAAGUUUGUCAACUGCACCAAAAUCAAUGGCAACCUGGUGUUCCUCAUCACUGGGAUCAAAGGUGAUGUCUAUCACAACAUUGAAGCCUUGGACCCAGAAAAACUCAAUGUAUUCCGCACCGUUCGGGAGAUCACAGGAUUUCUGAACAUCCAGUCUUGGCCUGAAAACAUGACAGACUUGAGUGUUUUCUCCAACUUGGCAACUAUUGGGGGAAGAUCGUUGUACAGUGGGAUUUCCCUGCUGGUGUUAAAGCAGCAGGGCAUCUCAUCAUUGCAACUCCAGUCCCUAAGAGAGAUCAGCGCUGGGAAUGUCCACAUCGCAGAGAACAGCCAGCUUUGCUAUUACAGCACCGUCAACUGGACAAGAUUGUUCCGCACUGCAAACCAGAAGGUUCUGAUCCGCAACAACCAAAGCCCACAGCAAUGCUCCAAGGAGAACAUGGUAUGUGACCCGCUGUGUUCGGACGCAGGGUGUUGGGGUCCUGGCCCAGACCAGUGCCUCUCCUGCAGACACUUCAGCCGUGGACGAACCUGUGUGGACACCUGCAAUCUUUAUGAAGGGGAUAUUCGAGAGUAUGCCAACGGGUCGGUGUGUGUGGAGUGUGAUGGCCAGUGUGAGCAAGCGGACGAUGGCUCUUUGACCUGCCACGGUCCGGGCCCUGAACAUUGUGUGAAAUGCGUCCAUUUCAAAGAUGGUCCUAAUUGUGUAGAAAAGUGUCCCGAUGGCCUGCAAGGUGCCAAUAGCUUCAUCUUCAAGUACGCAGAGGCCAACAAUGAAUGCCAUCCCUGCCAUGCCAACUGCACCCAGGGGUGCAUUGGACCAAGACUGCAGGACUGCAUUGGCUGGAUGGACAGAACCCCUCUGAUCGCAGCGGGGGUGAUCGGCGGCCUCUUCAUGGUGGUGAUCAUGGUGCUGAGCGUAGCAGUGUCUGUGCGCCGGAAGAACAUUAAGAAGAAGAGAGCCCUCCGUCGCUUCCUGGAGACAGAGCUGGUGGAGCCUUUAACACCCAGCGGAACAGCACCCAACCAGGCCCAGCUUCGAAUCCUGAAAGAAACAGAACUCAAAAGGGUCAAGAUCCUCGGCUCUGGGGCCUUUGGGACUGUUUACAAGGGUAUUUGGGUCCCAGAGGGAGAAACGGUGAAGAUUCCUGUAGCCAUUAAAAUCCUUAAUGAGGCCACGGGACCGAAGGCUAAUGUGGAGUUCAUGGACGAGGCCCUGAUCAUGGCUAGCAUGGAGCACCCCCACCUGGUCCGCCUGCUGGGCGUCUGCCUGAGUCCCACUAUCCAGCUGGUCACACAACUCAUGCCUCACGGGUGCCUGCUCGAGUAUGUCCACGAGCACAAGGACAACAUCGGAUCCCAACUGUUGCUCAAUUGGUGUGUCCAGAUCGCCAAGGGGAUGAUGUAUUUGGAGGAGCGCAGGCUGGUUCACAGGGAUUUGGCAGCCCGAAAUGUCCUCGUCAAAUCUCCCAACCACAUCAAGAUCACCGACUUUGGUCUGGCUCGCCUGCUGGAUGUUAAUGAGAAGGAAUAUAAUGCUGAUGGAGGAAAGAUGCCCAUCAAAUGGAUGGCCCUGGAGUGUAUUCAUUACAGGAAGUUCACGCAUCAGAGUGACGUUUGGAGUUACGGGGUGACCAUUUGGGAGGUAAUGACCUUUGGAGGGAAGCCAUAUGAUGGGAUUUCCACCAGAGAUAUCCCAGACCUGCUUGAGAAAGGAGAGCGUCUUCCUCAGCCGCCCAUCUGCACCAUUGAUGUCUACAUGGUCAUGGUCAAAUGCUGGAUGAUUGAUGCAGACAGUCGGCCCAAGUUCAAGGAGCUGGCUGCAGAGUUUACUCGGAUGGCUCGUGAUCCCCAAAGAUACCUGGUCAUCCAGGGUGACGACCGCAUGAAGCUGCCCAGCCCCAAUGACAGCAAGUUCUUCCAGAGCCUCCUAGACGAGGAGGAGCUGGAGGACCUGAUGGAUGCUGAAGAGUACCUGGUUCCUCACUCCUUCAACAUUCCACCACUCGCAUACACUCCCCGCGCACGCAUGGACUCCAGCAAGAACCAGUUUGGCUACCAGGAUGCCAGUUUCAGCAUGGAGGACAUGCUGGCCACCCUCCCAAGAGUGGUCUCUGUUCCACCAGUGUCUGGAGGCUGCCUCCCUCCACAGGACCUGGCCUCAGGGGGGCAGAUUGGUGGCGGAUUUGGUCGUGGCAACCAGGACGACCCUCGCUGCAAUGGCACCCUGAGGAGGCAGGCCUCCCCAAGGUCAAGUACCCUUGGGCCUGGCUCCGCUCUCACUGCAGGACUAGGUGGAGGGGAGGAUAGUAGUGGACAGCGUUACAGUGCUGAUCCGACUGGUCUUUUAGGAGAACGAGGAGCCAAAGGAGACAAGGACCAGGAUGGCUACAUGGCUGCCAUGAGGGACAAGAACAACUCAGUAGAGGAAAACCCCUUUGUCACACGUCGUAGGAACGGUGACGCCCACGCAGUGAUUGAUGGAGCGGGCUGCCACACCCUGCACAUGGCUGGAGCUGCUGCUGCUCCCAAGAGCCAGACCCUUCACGGGGACGAUGAGUAUAUCAAUGAGCCACUGUACCUGAAUACUUUCCUUAACCCUGGGGACAAGAACGGAUUGGCUGGCGCAGUCUCCAUCUCUGGCCCUGGGUCCUCUGCUGCCCAAUCAGUAUCGCAGACAGUCAACCCAUCAACAUCAAGCCACACGGUCUCCUCCUCUGGAUAUGUAGUACCCCCUGGCCACCUCCCUCACCCAUCGUAUCCAUCACACACCCUGCAUCCGGGGCAUUCAGGACACACUCUGCACUCAGGCAUCACCAGCAGCACCAUCAUGUUUGAUAAGAAAGGCAAGAAGGCCACUUUUGACAAUCCUGAAUACUGGCAGCACAGUCUACCCCCGAAGUCCUCACUGCACAAUCCUGAGUACCUGCAGGACUGCAGCACACGCUUCUUCUACCGGCAGAAUGGACGUAUUCGCCCUGCUGUGGCAGAAAACCAGGAGUACUUGUCCGAGGCUGCUAUGAAAGCUGGCAAUGUGUUGCCACCCCCCCCAUACAGACAGAGGAACACUGUAGUGUAGUGACCCACCUAUAGCACAAUGAAGGGAUGAAUAGAGGGAUAGGGGUAGAGAUAAAUGGACGUUAAACAGUCCUCUUGUUUCCAUGCAGUACUUCUCAACCUCGGUUCUCCUUGCACCCUCCCUGAACACGUCUCUCUGUUAUGUCUGAUUGCAAGUCUUUUAUUCUCUCUCUAUGGUCCUGCCUUUUUCGACAGGACUACAGUCACUGGCAGCCUCACUUGACAUUCAAACCAUCUUUUUUAGCUCCAUCUUUGGCCCUGAUGAGUACAGCAAGUAGACACAUCUCUUCGAGGUUGGUUCUGUUCUGGAGCAGAAAGGCACAAAAACAUCACAAUUAAAGAUUGAAAUUAGAUGUUUAAUAAGAGAAAAGGGAGAAAUGAACUGAGGUUAGCCCAAAGAGAGGAUUAUUGCCAUGCCCUUACACGCUUUUCUUUAUUUACCCAUAAAUUACUGUUCACCAUUUCCUUUCAGCACAUUUUCCAUCCAGCUACAUGUACACAUUGCAAUAUGCACACAUGGGUAUUGCUUUUGUGCCGUCUGUCAGAUGACACAUGCACAUCGAGUUGUGUCGUGACUUACCAGCAAACCUGCAGUCAUGCUUAAGAGCCCAGAUGUAGCUUGCAUGCCUGUCCACACGCUUCUUUGACUUUCACAUGUUGCUUCACCAGUAAUGGAUUUCAAACAUUUAUCAUACAGAGCUCAUAUCAUAUCUAAAACACGUUAACAUGCCUGCAGCCUUGACACACCACUAACCAUACAUUCAUUCAUAAGUCAAUACACACACACUGACAGAUAAGCCUGCUACCACUUGAAAUAUAUUCUGGAGGAGAAGCUCAAUUGACCUUGUGCUGGAAGACAGAGUGUGCCGAUAAUGGCAGUCAGUGGUGCAGCAGAGAGAAAGGGUCAACAGGAAAGUAAAUGUCACCACAGUUUUAUGGACAGCUGUGAUAUCACCCAGUACCUGGUGGAAAGCAUCCAAAAGAUUAUUGGCAUGGCUAGGGUGGGAUUUAAAAGGUUGAUCACUCAGAGGACGACCCUUAACUUCCCACAUGAGCUAUCCCUCUUGUUCCUCUUUCAUCCACCAAUCCAGUCCGAAGAGCCAGCAAACCAUCCACUUCAAUGUUACCUUCAUUAGAUCAUUGUAAACAGUAUUGUGGCUGACAUAACCUAUGGUAACUGCAGUACAAGGAAUACUGUGUCAGUGGAACUAUUGCUUGGGAAUGGACAAUCUUUUAACAGGGAAAGAAGUGUGAUGAUGGUUUAGAGCAUAUAAGCCGAACAUGAGGGGAAAAUAUAUGUU